AUGGAGGUACUCAAGUUAUUGCAAUCCUUGGGGGAUGAGAACAAGCAGGACCUGAUGCGACGCAGUGUCGAGGUCUUUACUUGCACCAUCUGCCAGGAAUUGAUGGUGACUCCGUUCACGGUCGCGUGUGGGCACACUUUUUGUUACGAGUGCCUGUCUGACUGGCUCAAGGUGAAACACUCGUGUCCGUUGUGUCGCCAGCGUGUGAGGCGUGUUCCUGUGUUCAAUGUGCCGAUGAAACAGCUGCUGGAGAGUUAUUUGGAGGCGGUGGCGAAAGACCACCCGGACCAAAAAGAGCCCAUAACCAAAAUGAUACGCGAGCGCAACAGGUUAUACGAAAAAGACAACCACAACGACACUUGUUUCAAAAACCUGUUUGAUAACUAUUCAGAGGCCGUUCUGGACACCAGCGACGGCAUCCCGCGAUGCAGCGUCUGCCACUGGGAGGCCCACGGCUCGCGGUGUCUCAAUUGCGGGCGACGCCUUCUUGCCGCUGCUAACGAGAGAUAUUCGUCCUCGGACAGUGAGGCUGAUCCCGAGUACCACGAUGAGUCGGCCUCGUACGGCGAAGAGAGUUUCAUCUCUUUGCUAGAGCGGGAGAGCCCCGAACUCGCGGACGCCUGGCGGCAACGGGAAACCCUUCGACUGUUUAUUAAUGCCCCGUCUCCUGGCGAAGAAGAUGAAGAUUUCGACGACGAUUACGUUGACUACGACUUUGAGCGCGACCUCAGGGACGCAGAUAGCGUGCCCAGUGACAUAGACGACGGUGACGAGUACUAUCGACCUGCGAACACGCGGCACCGGUCGAGGAUACUGUCGAGCGACAGCGACGAGGAGUGGACGGAGUGA